UCUGAGUGACCUUUGUAAUCAAAUUCAGGAUUCUCAAGGCUUAUAAUACAGUUCAGUGAAUCUACUGUAAGCAGUGCUAGUUAUUCCCUUGGUCUUGUAAAUGAUUCGUGCAAUCCUUGUCAUUAACAAUCAUGGAAAACCAAGACUAAUAAAAUUUUAUGAGCACUACAGUGAAGAUGAACAACAAAAAAUUGUCAAAGAAGUUUUUAAUCUUGUUUCUCGAAGAGAUGAUGAUGUUUGCAAUUUUCUAGAAGGUGUCACGCUAGUAGGUGGUGGUCAAGAUUAUCGAUUAAUUUAUCGACAUUAUGCAACAUUAUAUUUUGUAUUCUGUGUUGAUUCAUCAGAAAGUGAACUUGGAAUGUUAGAUUUAAUUCAAGUAUUCGUUGAAGCUUUGGAUAAGUGUUUUGAAAAUGUUUGUGAACUUGAUCUGAUAUUUCAUGUGGAUAAGGUACAUUAUAUACUGAAUGAACUUGUACUUGGUGGAAUGGUUUUAGAGACGCAUAUAAAUGAAAUUACACAUAGAUAUGAAGAACAACAAAAGUUAGAAAAACAAGAGUCCGGAUUAUCUGGUGCACCAGCUCGUGCUGUUUCAGCAAUGCGUGAUUUGAAUCUUCAUCAGAAAUUCAAAGAAAUUCGCUUUCCAGAUUUACAGUCACUACAAAGUAGACUAUCACGAUAAUAUUGUGUUUGUGAUGUUUUGGCGUUCUUCAAUUGACUGAUUACUUCAUUUAUCAUUAUUUCAAAAACCUAGUCGUUUAUUCUUCUAUUUUAUCAGGAAAAUACAUUUUCUUCACUUCCUUUUGUCUGCUUGUUUCUGUUUAUGUAUUUUUGUUAUGUAAUAUAACAAUGUUUUGUGAAGUGAA